AUGCAAGUGGUGCAGCCUCAAACUUUGUUGUGUUGGCAACCUCCUCCAAGUGGGCAGUUGAAGUUAAACUUUGAUGGAGCCAUCUUUUAUCAGGAAUUAAAGUCUGGAGUGGGUGCUGUUUUGAGGGAUGACAAGGGAAGUAUGAUUAUGGCCAUGUCUAGAUUGGAAGAAGGCAUACUGUUGGUAGAAGAUGUUGAGGCUAUUGCAGCCUUAAGAGCCUUACAAUUUAUUUCUCACUUGGGAAUUUCCCACUUGAUAUUGGAGGGAGAUUCACUUAUUGUAGUUGAAGCCAUUCAAUCAACUUCUAUUGUAGAGUUUAGUUACAGCCCUACCAUUAGGGAGAUUAAGCUGUUGUUAUCUCAAUUCCAAUCUUAUGAUAUUUUACAUGUUGGACGGCAGGGAAAUGGGAUAGCACAUAAAAUGGCCAGGCAUGCAAGGGUGGUGGAGAAUACUCUUCAAUGGUGGUUUCAUCCUUCAGAUUUUAUUAAAGCCAGUUUGGAAGUUGAUGCUGAAACUAGCCUACGGGCUUAA